CUGUGAGAGUCUUCCCUUCCCUUUCCCUAGGCAAGGUGGCCCUGAUGGGUUGUCAUGAGGGUGGAGAUCAUUGCUGAGGAACUCCUUCUUCAGACCAGGCGCUCUGGGAAGGAAGCAAACUCUUCCCUUAAUAUUACCCUCAAUAAAUGCUUUGGAUUGGGUCCCUAGCUGUGAGAUUUCUGGAAGGGUCAAAGAAAUGUGUCUGGAGGAGCAUUUUUAAAUGCCUGCUGAUAAAGAAAGGAAGUACUUUGGUGGUGGAGUUUGUAGAACCAACGUGCAGCUUCCUGGGAAGGUAGUGGUGAUCACCGGUGCCAACACGGGCAUUGGCAAGGAGACAGCCAGAGAGCUCGCCCGCAGAGGAGCCCGGGUAUACAUUGCCUGCCGAGAUGUACUGAAGGGAGAGUCAGCUGCCAGUGAAAUCCGAGCAGACACAAAGAACUCCCAGGUAUUGGUGCGGAAACUGGACCUAUCUGACACCAAAUCCAUCCGAGCCUUUGCCGAGGGCUUUCUGGCAGAGGAAAAACAGCUUCACAUACUGAUUAAUAAUGCAGGAGUGAUGUUGUGUCCAUAUUCCAAGACAGCAGAUGGCUUUGAAACCCAUAUUGGGGUCAACCACCUGGGUCACUUCCUUCUCACCCACCUGCUCCUGGAGCGGCUGAAGGAAUCUGCUCCCGCGCGGGUGGUCAACCUGUCGUCAGUGGUGCACCAUAUUGGCAAGAUUCGCUUCCACGAUCUCCAGGGCGAGAAGUUUUAUUGCAGUAGUUUUGCCUAUUGCCACAGCAAGUUGGCCAAUGUGCUUUUUACUCGUGAGUUGGCCAAGAGGCUUCAAGGCACGGGGGUCACCACCUAUGCAGUGCACCCAGGCAUCGUCCACUCGGAGCUGACCCGCCACUCCUUCCUUCUGUGUCUGUUGUGGCGACUCUUCUCCCUCUUCGUCAAGUCCACGUGGCAGGGGGCACAGACCAGCCUGCACUGUGCUCUGGCUGAGGGCCUGGAACCCCUGAGCGGGAAGUACUUCAGUGACUGCAAGAGGACCUGGGUAUCUCCAAGGGCCCGAAAUAAGAAAACAGCUGAGCGUCUGUGGAAUGUCAGCUGCGAGCUUCUAGGAAUCCAGUGGGAGUAGCUGCGGGGGAAGCCAUGGCUUUAUCAGGCCCAACCCGUGCCACGAUGAAAGGGCACCAAUGAGAAGGCCAGCCCUAAAGGACUGUCCUACUACCCUUUCUGGAGUCUUUGUAUACCCAACCCUCAUGUGCAGCUAGCUCAUGGCACGAGACAUACCUGCCCACAGACCUCAAGACUUGGAGAGCUGGCAACCUUUGGGGACAAGAGGACUGGGCAGAGUCUACCCAUGCUGGGAAUAAGUGGAAGAGAAGCCUGGGAAAUGGGGCUGAUUUCCUCACCAACACCAAAACCACCAGCCUGCAUGCUCAGCUGAGGCGACGUAACAUAUUUCCAGAGUCUCUGGGCUGACUUCCCUUUUGAAAGGAUAAUCACCACCUGGACUCUGGACCAAUUCAGGAAGACUGGCUGACUGUGGCCAAAUACAAUUUUACGUUUGAAUCCCCUGAAGCCACAGCGUGAAGUUCGGCUUUCCCCUUUCCCAUCAUGCAGGUAGUUUCUUCCCAAAAGUUCCCUGUACCCCACUUUCUAGAGAAAAUAAAAAUUUGAAUAUUU